UUUGAGAGUUAAGACAUGGAUAGGAUACACCUUGAUGAACGGAACACAAAUAAAGGAAGUCAGGUCUAAAUGUGAGAAAUGCAUUCUGUGUAUAAUAAAUAUUAUUUACAAUUUUGAUAAAUAAAAACUUCAGAAGAUUGUUUAAACUCUAUUGUGCCUAAACAUUCUCUAAGCAUCUGGCCAUCUCUAAAGAACGAUGUUGUUAAACGUUUUUUUGGAGAAAAAAAAUGCUGAGUUUUCUGGGGUUUUUUUUAAUGGGGAACAUGCAGUUUCCUAGUCAGCAUAUCCUCCACGCACCUGGCAAGCAUUAGGGAAUAUCAGGGGCGUGGGGGGGGGGUGGAAUUUUCAUUGUUACGGCUGCAUCAUCAGAUUUUUCUCUUAGGGUUGACUCCCUUAGUAGGUCAUCAUCUCUUUGUUGAGCCACUGUCCAAGGAUGGCGAGUGCCACACGACCAUCCAUUAUAAACCAAGGAAUGUAUAUUAUAUUACGAAUUUAAAAAUUAAAGUUUAACAAAUAAUGAAAUGAUGAAUAAUGAAGGUAAGAUGGCCCAUGUCAAAAGAUGGCCGAUGUCAAAAGAUGGCCCAUGUCAAAAGAUGGCCCAUGUCAAAGAAAGAGUCGGUUAAUUCCCAUUCCAAAAAUUAAGUGCAGUCUCUUGCAGUAGCGCUAGGGGGGCGGGGGGUAGGCUGUAGUUGUGCUGAACGCAACGGUUGACACCACACGGGAUGUUUAUACCUCAGACUGGGAUGACGAGAAAAUCCAUGGAAAAUGGCUCAUUUGACAGAGCUUGCUCGAGUCGGCUUCAGAAGAAUCUAAUAUGACAACCAAGAAGGUGUUACAAAAAUAGUGUGCAUCUGAACGUAGUCCCACGACAACGGCUUGCCACCAGAACGUGGUACCACCAUAACAGUUUGCCACCAGAACGUGGUCGCACAGAAGCGGCUUGCCACCAGUUCCACAACAGCGGUUUGCCACCAGAACGUGGUCCCACCACAGUGGUUUGCCACCAGAACGUAGUCCCACCACAGCGGUUUGCCACCAGAUAGUGGUCCCACCACAGUGGUUUGCCACCAGAACGUAGUCCCACCACAGCGGUUUGCCACCAGAACGUGGUCCCACCACAACAGUUUGCCACCAGAACUAAGCCCCACCACAGAAGUUUGCCACAAGAGCAUGACGCCUACAGAUAGCAACCACCACCCGAGCUGGGUGCAGGCAGAGAAACCAGACGCGGAGGAUGUCCUCGGGUGACAUCUGGAGGGCGUGAAGCCUUGCGCUUACCGCCCUCGCAGAUGCCACCCCUAGAGACGCCACAUGGCGAUAUUAUUAUAAUUGUAUUUAUGAAUUUACGAUUCAUUAAACCAAGUUGCACCUUAAUUAGCCUUAGAAAAAUAUUUAUCUUUAGAUUGAUUCUGUUAAACAAAAUGCUCACUCUGAUUGGACAAAUAGUACGUCGUUAUUAGCAUUAAAAAAUUUAAGUCAUUUAAUUUACGACAAAACUUGGUAAGUGAUUAAUGUGGUGGUAUGAUGUAAUUAUUAACAUAAUACAGAGUAUAAUUCUGACGGAUUAGAUCAACAUUUAAAGGUGAAAGACAGUGCAUUUCAAGCUAAAUACUUUAUCUAAAUAGAGUAUAAUUAUCUUAAAAAUUGAUCAAUUAUUUUGAAAAUUUCACAAUUAAAUUUAAUUGUUCUCUAGACAUGUCCCUUGCCAGGUGCGCAAUUUUCUGCACUGGAGGUUGUGAAAGUGCGACUUUUAGUCGUAUACUAAACCGAUGCGUGACAUUCAAAGAAAAAAUCAUUGAAAGUUCUAUCAAACGAACAAUGGAUGCACAUUGGUACGUCAUUUACAAGAAUGGGCCAGGUAAAUAUUUAUGAGAAUAUCGAUAUGUAUAGAAUAUUUUGUAUAACCUUAGAUUAAUUUCAUCUGUGGCAAAUAACGAUAUUAGUCAUUUUAAAUGCUUAAAAAUAUGUCGAUAAAAUGUUGGCCAUGUAUUGGAUUUGCAAAAACCCACGUUCGUAAAUAAUUUCUGGCAUAUCUCUUUAAGCUGUCAAGUGUUCUUUCUAUUAAUUAUCAUAAUCACAUAAUUUAACAUUAUUUCAAUAGCUGAGUUUGACGAUUGGACGAUCCCUGUUGAAUGUUUACAAUUGACUUAUUCUAACACAUGCACGCGACAUUUCAGGAGCUUCAUCCUGGAUCAAUGGGUUAAUAUUGAUAAGGUGAGUUCAAUGGGUUAAUAUUGAUAAGGUGAGUUUAAUGGGUUAAUAUUGAUAUGGUGAGUUUAAUGGGUUAAUAUUGAUAUGGUGAGUUUAAUGGGUUAAUAUUGAUAUGGUGAGUUUAAUGGGUUAAUAUUGAUAUGGUGAGUUUAAUGGGUUAAUAUUGAUAUGGUGAGUUUAAUGGGUUAAUAUUGAUAUGGUGAGUUUAAUGGGUUAAUAUUGAUAUGGUGAGUUUAAUGGGUUAAUAUUGAUAUGGUUAUUUUAAUGUGUUUAAAAUGUAAACAUCUUUUAUGCAAGUUUUGAAAUUGCUGGUGUUAUUGGAUAUCAGGUAAAUAAAAUACAUUACAAACAUGUAUAUUUCUUUUUAUGUCUCUGUUAAGAACAAUGGAAAAUCGAUUUACUAGUGGAAAAGAGUGUUUUAAAAUAUUUUGAAUAGCAACAUGAUCCAAAUAAUUUGGCCUCAUUAAUGAAUGUGUUCUGGUGUAUACAAAACACAGGUAAAGCUUUCACUUUACAACGACGGGGUCGAAAUGAAGUAUAUUCUGUUUGAUGGGAGAGGACCAUCAUGGUACUCCUGGUUUGAACAGUCGAGGAUUCUCAACUCAUCAUGGACGAACAUCAUAAGUGACCCCAACAUUAAAGAUUUUAGCAUAGACGGGUAGGCUAUUUUUUAAAUAGAAUUUGAUUUAUUUUUGUCAUGUUUUUUUUUCUUUCUGUGUGUUGGUGUGGUUGGUGUUGGUGUGGUUGGUGUUGGUGUGGUUUGAUCGUUAUGAUUGGUUUAUCGUUAUGAUUGGUUUGAUCGUUAUGAUUGGUUUGAUCGUUAUGAUUGGUUUGAUCGUUAUGAUUGGUUUGAUCGUUAUGAUUGGUUUGAUCGUUAUGAUUGGUUUGAUCGUUAUGAUUGGUUUGAUCGUUAUGAUUGGUUUGAUCGUUANGUGUUGGUGUGGCUGGUGUUGGUGUGACUGGUGUAGGUGUGGUUGGUGUUGGUGUGGUUGGUGUUGGUGUGGACUGAUGUUCGUGUGGUUUGUGUUGGUGUGGUUGGUGUUGGUGUGGCCUGGUAUUGGUGUGGUUGGUGUUGGUGUGGUGUGGUCUGGUGUGGUUGGUGUUGGUGUGGUUGGUGUUGGUGUGGCUGGUGUUGGUGUGGUUGGUGUAGGUGUGGUUGGUUUUGGUGUGGUUGGUGUUGGUGUGGACUGGUGUUGGUGUGGCUGGUAUAUUUAAUUAAGGUUGCCAUUUCAAAAACACUUGAGUAGGAGAGGCCAUUUUUUAGAUGUGUAGAGGAGGAACGCUACUAAUCGGACAGCACGUGGUACACAUGGGGCCGUCACUACCUCUAAACAGGAGAGGUAAUGAAAAGCUCAUCACUGAUUGGUAACUCCCAAAAAUAAUUAUAAACCUACUAAUACUACUAUCGACGGUCUCCUCCCUACAGAUUAGAUGACGGGUAUAGCAUACAUCGCUUCUCGAUAUACGGUCCAUACAAUGGAUGCGAUAUGGAAACCACCUAUUUAUUUGCACUGGAUAUAUUCCAAGACGCUUGUUCACCAGAAUGGCCAAUGACUAUAACAAGCUUUCCGAAGAUUAUUUAUUCACCUGGAGACAACAUGGCGCCAAUGCAUGGCUCACCCACCGGUACGUCUAGUAGAAUCUCAAAGUAGGUAUACAAUAUAUUGGCAGAGUAACGAUAAAAAAAUAUGUGCUUCUAUUUUUAUUCACGUUUGAUAUCGGCAAGGAAAGAGAAAAAACAAUAUUGUUUUUGUAUUGGUAAAGAUGUAAAAAAAAAAUGUCGCUGCUACAUUUUCUAUUGAUGAUUGAGUUACAAAACAGUGGAACUAACUGAAAUGUUAACCAUUUUUCCAUAAAAAGCGAUAGACAUUACCUACUCUAUACAUUAUGUGCUUGACAAGUGAAUGACUGCCCAGCGACCGAGUGACUGUUGACCGACUGACUACCGACCGACUGACUAUAGCGAACGACUGUCUAACGACCGACUGACUAGCGAACGACUGUCUAACGACUGUGAGUAUAGCGAACGACUGUCUAACGACCGUCUGACUAACGAACGACUGACUUAUGACUGACUAAGGACUGACUAAAGACCGACUGACUACUUCUUUAAACUCAGCUGUAUAGCUAUUGCUCACGUGACGUUAACCACAUAAAAAAAUAAAACAAAUGUUUGUUCCGUUUUUUAAAAAAAAUUCAGUAUGUUUUUGGUAUACACCAUAAUGUAAACUUUAACAGCGUAUAAUACUACAAUAAAAAACAUUAAACUUACUUUCAUUUCAGCAUAUCGUUAUGCAGAUGUCAUGGCCAUCUUAGUCAAGUUUACGUCACCAUGACAUGUUAUAGCAUUAACACUUCUAAUGUCACUAAAGCCUCACAGGCAUACAUCACAGCCUAUAUGAAAUAUAUAGUUUUAAAGUGACGUUUUUUUUUUUAGAUAAACAAAAAAAAAAAAACAAGAAUACUAAAAUCUGACG